AUAUUUUUUUCACUUUUCGUGUUGCAGAUUUUACAAAAAAUGCAUCAUUCAAUAUCAGUUAUCCUGGCACUAGUGAUAUCAAUAUCACAUGCUUUAUUGACGUCGGACCCAUCCAAUUUUGCAAUUCGUCAAUUUCCUGAACCAAUGUCAAUGUCAUCCGAAUGUAAUACUUUUGAUGAAGCUCACUUUUGUAAAACGAUAACAUUAGACUCCGCUCUGAACGCCCUGGCAGAAUCCCACAAGUGCGAGUGUCCAGUAAACUUUCGGUGUCCAGCUGAUACAGAGGACACUAAAUUGCAAAUGAGAUGUCAUUACGACAAUGAGCGACAAUGGAAUCGCUGUUACCUUCCGUGUACUCCAGUUGAUCUCUAAGCUAUUUUUGGUUUUAAAAAUAAAGUUUUAACACAUACU